AUGAAUUUCUGUCGACAAUGUUUUGAUCUUUUCCUAAGUGAAACUUAUCAAACUCUUUAUUGUUCAUUAUCUGAACAGCAUCAAGUUAUUUCCAAAUCCUUGAUCAAUCCAUGGAGCCAUUCGUCAAUUGUUGCGGGAACAGCGAGUCCCGGUUCCACAUCAGCAACACUUCGCAAUCCUCGAGGAAUCUUUUUUGAUGAAAAAAGCCAAGAACUACUCGUUGCAGAUUGCGGAAACCAUCGAAUUCAAUUAUUUGAGUAUCAAAAUUUACUGGGAACAACUGUCGCCGGAAAUGGAUCACCCAACGUUACAUUUGAUCUUGAUUAUCCAACUGGAAUUGCACUGGAUAGUCAAAGUUACUUGUUUAUUGUUGAUUCUCGUAAUCAUCGAAUUAUCGGUCAGAAUGCGAAUGGUUUUCGUUGUUUAUUCGGAUGUAAUCAAUCAGAGGGUUCAGAUGCAAAUCAAUUAAGUUACCCGUCGACUCUUAGUUUUGAUUCGUUUGGAAAUAUUCUCGUUGUUGAUCAAGGAAAUAGUCGAAUUCAAAAAUUUAACCUGAUUAUCAAUUCAGGCUUUUCAACUGUUUGCUCGACUAGUUCGACAACAAUCGCUACGACAACAGUAGCACCUGGUGCAGCAACAACAUUAUGGUACAUGAACAAUCCCUGCUCACCACAAACUACCUACAGGCACGUCACAUUAUCGUACGUUGCUCAGAGCACCAAAGAAACAAUAACAUUUGCUGUAGUCAACGUUCCAGCCUACACAUGGUUAGAUGACAUAUCUGUUGUCGAUGUAACUACUUCAGCGCAACUGCUCUGCAAUGGUGGUUUCGAAAAUGGAACAUGCUCACCAUGUUGGAUCGGAAGUGGUUGUGUAGGUCACAUUUCGACAAAUACACCGCACAGCGGAGUAUAUGGUAUCUACAACGGAGCCUUAUCGAUGACUUAUAUGCAGCAGACGUUCAAUACUACUAUUGGUCGACAUCUGAGCAUUGGUUUCUGGACUAAAUGGAGCGGUAGUAUUAGUACCAGUAUCACGACGAGUGUAUCAAUACAACCGUAG